AGGAUCAGAGAGACGACAUGCCGCUGAAGAGAGAAGAUACUGAGCGCGCUCUGCAGGUGAUGGAAGCCUGUCAGGCUGGAGCCGCUGAUGGGGUCAAAGGUCGAGCAGAGAAGCUGCUCAACAUCUUCCAGAGUGACCUGUUCCAGGCUCUGCUGGACAUCCAGGAGUUUUACGAGCUGACAGUGUGUGAGAACCAGACGACGGACCAACCACACACACCUGUACAGAAGUACCGUUACCAAGACGAUGAGACUCCACCUGUUGAUCCCAGCCCCGGUCACAUGACCCAAGGACGCAGCGUUGAGCUGAGCCACGCACACCUGGACGGAUACACACACCCUGCUGCAAUCACAAUGAACGGGUCAGAGGGAGAGCUGGAGUACGAGGAGAUCACACUGGAGAGGCAGAUGGUCCAAAGAGCUGCAGGAGAAGAAGAAGGAGGAGGAGCAGGAGGAUUAGAUUCAGUCUUGUUAGAGGACAGGAAGGUGAAGCUCAUCUCUGUGGACGUCUUCAGCCAACAGCUCGCUGCUUCCUGCGGUCAUGUGGACAGCAGCUAUGAUGGUGACACCAUCACAGGAAGUGGAGCAGAAACAUCUCCUCUGCUCUAUUCACUCCCAGAUUUGAUUUAUGAGCUCACUGAGCAAAUGGGCCAGGUGGGGGCUCAUCCGGGAUCCACAUACAGGAAGACCCAGGGCAACUCUGGUUUGGGCUUCAGCAUCGCGGGAGGAACCGACAAUCCUCACAUCGGAGACGACCCCUCCAUCUUCAUCACCAAGAUCAUCCCCGGAGGAGCCGCUGCCCAGGACGGACGCCUCAGGGUGAACGACAGCAUCGUAUUUGUCAACGAUGUGGACGUCCGGGAGGUCACUCACUCCAUCGCUGUGGAGGCGCUGAAGGAGGCGGGGCCUGUUGUCAGGCUGUACGUGCUGCGGAGACGCCCACCGAGCGAACGCAUCACACAGAUCAAACUGAUGAAAGGACCCAAAGGUCUGGGCUUCAGUAUAGCGGGCGGCGUGGGGAACCAGCACGUCCCUGGAGACAACAGCAUCUACGUCACCAAGAUCAUCGAGGGCGGGGCGGCACACCGUGACGGGCGGCUGCAGAUCGGAGACAAAAUCCUGGCGGUCAACCACAUGUCUCUGGAGGACGUCCUGCACGAAGACGCAGUGUCGGCCCUGAAGAACACAGGAGAGGUGGUCUACCUGAAGGUGGCCACGCCCACCUCGCAGUACAUCCACCCAAUUGAUCGAUACAGCCCCCCCGACCUGACCAGCUCCUACAUGGAGCCGGACUACAUGUGUGAUUACCCACAAGCCCUUCCUCCUCCGUCACCACGACGAUACUCCCCGAUCCCCCGCGGCAUGAUGGGAGAGGACGAGUACUCGAGGGAGCCUCGCAGGGUGUGCGUGCAGCGCGGCUCCACCGGCCUGGGCUUCAACAUCGUGGGCGGAGAGGACGGAGAGGGCAUCUUCAUCUCCUUCAUCCUCGCAGGAGGCCCAGCAGACCUGAGCGGGGAGCUCCGCAAGGGAGACCAGAUCCUCAGUGUGAACGGGGUGGACCUCAGGUAUGCCACACAUGAGCAGGCAGCAGCAGCUCUGAAGAACGCCGGGCAGACUGUUACCAUAGUAGCACAGUACAGACCUGAGGAGUACAGUCGCUUCGAGGCAAAGAUCCACGACCUGAGGGAGCAGAUGAUGAACAGCUCGUCCGGCAGUCUGAGGAACAGCCGCACCUUCUACAUCAGGGCGCUCUUCGACUACGAUAAGCAGUGGGACUGCGGUGUGCUGUCUCAGGCGCUGGACUUUAACUUUGGCGAGGUCUUCCACGUGAUCGACAGCGCCGACGACGAGUGGUGGCAGGCACGCAGGGUCAACCAGCAGGGGGAGCUGGAGGAGCUGGGCUACAUCCCCUCCAAGCACAGAGUGGAGAGGAAGGAGUGGUCACGGAUGAAGAGCAAAGGUAGAGAAGGCUUCGUUCACAGCUACGAGCUCAUCACUCAGAUUGAAGUGGACUACGCCCGCCCCAUCAUCAUCCUGGGACCCACCAAAGACCGCGUCAACGACGACCUGCUGUCCGAGUUCCCCGACAAGUUCGGCUCCUGCGUUCCCCAUACGACUCGCCCUCGCAGGGACUACGAGGUGGAUGGGCGGGACUACCACUUUGUGGCGUCACGGGAACAGAUGGAGCGGGACAUCCAGUCGCACCGCUUCAUCGAGGCGGGGCAGUACAACAACCACCUGUACGGGACGUCGGUGCAGAGUGUGCGACAGGUGGCCGAGCAGGGGAAGCACUGCAUCCUGGAUGUGUCGGCCAACGCCGUGAGGAGGCUGCAGGCGGCACAGCUCCACCCCAUCGCUAUCUUCAUCCGACCGCGGUCGCUGGAGAACAUCCUAGACUUGAACAAGCGCCUGUCGGAGGAGCAGGCGAGGAAAGCUCUGGAUCGAGCCAUCAAGCUGGAGCAGGACUUCCUGGAGUGCUUCACAGCCAUCGUGCACGGCGACAGCUUCGAGGAAGUCUACCACCACGUCAAAGUGGUCAUCGAGGAGCAGAGCGGACCCUACAUCUGGGUCCCCGCACGCGACAGGCUCUGAUUGGCCGACCGUCUUCACGGGAACUGCUGUUAAUGUCACGCCCAGGCUCCUCCCCUCCCUCCAGCGGGUUUUUGAUUUCUUCUCUGGCAGGGUGACGGGCGCACUGAUGGAUCAGGAUGUUUUUAAUCUGAGACGAGGACUCACAGCUGAUUGGUUUAUUAUCAGUACAUAAUGAAUCAGAGCCUGUAGAGCUGGUACUGAAGUAUUUAUAUCAUGCUAUUUAUUUAUUUAUCUAUUUAUUGGUUUGUGUGAUGUGAAGAUGGUGUGUGUGUGUGUGUGUAGUGUACAUACAGACUUGUGUGACUGUAAAUAAACGAUGGGGCUCAAACACACAGUCUAUUUCAGGGCUUAAAGUAUCAAACAACCACUGGACUACAACACCCACAAUCCUCCUCUGCCUGCACCUCUACACCCCGACAUGCUCCCUUUCCACACUUCAUCUGCUACUGUCCUCCUCUGCCUGGACUACAACUCCUCAAACCACCCUUUUUUUGGACUACAACUCCUCAAACCACCCUUUGUUUGGACUACAACCCCUCAAACCACCCUUUGUUUGGACUACAACUCCUCAAACCACCCUUUUUUUGGACUACAACUCCUCAAACCACCCUUUGUUUGGACUACAACUCCUCAAACCACCCUUUUUUUGGACUACAACUCCUUAAACUGCACUGUGUUUGGACUACAACUCCUCAAACCACCCUUUUUUUGGACUACAACUCCUUAAACUGCACUGUGUUUGGACUACAACUCCUCAAACCACCCUUUGUUUAGACUACAACUCCUUGGACUACAACUCCCUGUCUUUCUUUCUGCUUCCACUGAACCACCCACAGUCCUCCUUGGUUUUGACUGCACCAACUUUAUGCUGGACCACAUGACCCAUAAUCCUCCUCUGUCUUGACCUAAACGCACACAAUCCUUCUUGGCUGAACACUGAACAGCCCUCAUAUGGACUACAGCUCCCAUAAUCCCGUCCUGAUGGACAGUUUGGACUGAAACACUUCCAUUUUUAAGCAAAAACGUCUGGACUGCAGCACCAACACUUCCCAGUUGUGGUGAUGGAUAAACUCCACCCACAAAUGUCUACAGCACAGAAGGACUACAUUACCCACAAGUCUCAGCUGAUCCAGGCCAGACAUGCUGGCUGUGGGUGUGUGCUUGACUACAAUACCCAUGAUUCCCUGCUCAGAUGGCAGGGUGGAGACUGUGAAACUAACCUGCUGAGGGGAAGGCGGAGCUAAAGCUUGAGGUUGGGGUAGCGUGAGGGGGCGGGGCAUGUGUCCCGCUCACAGGACUCUGUUACCCACAGUGCUUUGGGUGUAGAUGGGUUCCAGCGGGGUUUCCCAGACUGAAUAUCAGGGUCGUGUGAAUAAUAAUAAUUAUUUUAAUGAAAGUAAUCCUACUUAUAGAUGAUGUAAUAUCAUCACACACACGUGCACUCAGCGGGGUCACCUGAGGUCACGUUAGUUUGUGAGCACUGACAGAAACACUGAUGUAUCAUUAAAUCUGAGUAUUGAUUAGCCUGCCUCACACACACACACUCAUUUAUGCACACGCACACAUACA